AAAUUUCUCGAUUUUUCCCGUUUUAUUUUUUUUUUUUUUUGCUGAACAUUCGAGCAAAAUAUUUUUUUUUCCAACAUUCACAUCCUAAAUAAACAUGGCUGAUGAUGAUGAAAGGAUUGUGGAUAAUCCAUGGAGAAUGGAGAUACCGAAAUUUCAUCCAGAAGAUAAUCCACAUGGCAUUCUUGUUGAAAGUGCAUUUGCAACAUUAUUUCCAAAAUAUCGUGAAAAAUAUCUAAAAGAAUGUUGGCCAUUAGUGCAGAAAACAUUAGCCGAAUAUUUUAUAAAAGCUGAAUUAGAUCUUUUAGAAGGUAGUAUGACAGUGGCAACAACAAGAAAAACAUGGGAUCCAUACAUAAUAAUCAAAGCAAAAGAUAUGAUAAAAUUAUUGGCACGUUCAGUACCAUAUGAACAAGCGAUAAAAAUACUUGACGAUGAAAAUGCAUCGGAUAUAAUUAAAAUUGGUGAUUUAGUACGAAAAAAAGAAAGUUUUAUACGUCGAAGACAACGUUUACUUGGACCAAAUGGUUCCACAUUGAAAGCUAUCGAAUUGUUGACCAAUUGUUAUGUACUUGUACAAGGUAAUACAGUUUCCGCCAUUGGACCACAUAAAGGUCUACAACAGGUACGAAGAAUCGUCGAAGAUACAAUGAAAAAUAUUCAUCCAAUCUAUAAUAUCAAAGCAUUAAUGAUCAAACGUGAAUUGGCUAAAGAUCCAAAACUUCGUAAUGAAAAUUGGGAUCGUUUUCUACCGAAAUAUAAAGCUAAAAAUCUAUCCAAACGUAAACGACCGAAAAUUGUGAAUAAAAAACAAGAAUAUACACCAUUUCCACCGCCACAAACUGAAAGUAAAAUUGAUAAACAACUUGCAACGGGUGAAUAUUUUAAUUUAUCUAAAAAACCUCGAAAUCGUAAAGAAAAUAAUCCAGAAGAAACAAAACGUCGACAAAAAGAAAAACGUGAACGAGCAUUUGUUCCUCCAUCGGAACCGGAUUUCAAAUGAAAUGAAUCAACCAACAAUUCUACUAUCGGAAGCGGAUUUUUUUUUGAUAGCAAAAAAAAAAAAUGUCAAAACAAAGAUCAUGGUCAUUUUCAUUGGAUUCUUUGUUCUUUUCAUUUUGUUUGUUUGUUUUUUUUUUUCGUAUUCUUUGUCAUUAAUCUGAAUGCAAUUAAAACUGGUAAUAAUGAUGGUUGU